CCGACAUGGCCACUUCACAGCAUGUCCACGACCCUCGUCGCCCCCAGAGACUCGCUCAGCAGCCUCUGCUCGACGAGCCCGUCCAAGUCGCCCCCUAUCUCACCCAUGUCGUCGCACACCAUGGGCAGCUCACCCUCGUCCCGCCUCAGAACGCAGGGAGGAUCAGGAAGACGAAGUCCGCGAAGAAGAAGAGGCAGCCUUCGACCAGAGACAGGCGACUUGACGACGAAGAGCCUCGUUUUACGACCGCUGUCCCCGCUUCGUCCUCGCGCAAACUCCAUCCCGCCCCCGCUCACAUUCGUACGAGGAAGCAUGCCAUAUCAGCGCCUUCUCCGACAACCCCGACUACCCCGGGAAGACACGAUCCUAUCCCGGAUGACCAGUCCAUACCGGACUACCCCCCUCCCUCGUUUGAGGACGCCAUAGCAUCUCCACACGUGCCGCCUCAUCUUUCGUCUAUAGCGUCAUCGCACAGCCCUAGUACGCUGUCUAAUCCGGCUACCACCUCUCCACCACCUUCUCAGCAUCCAUACGCAUCCCAUGUACCAUCGACAUCUUCUGCCACUCUCUUGUCCUCGGCAACCGCAUACCAUGACUCCCCUGCUGCCUCACAGCUAUCUCUUGCGAGACCUACCAAUACAUAUCCCGCUCUUGAUCCUCAGUACCCGCUCCUUCGCCCGGCCGCUGCCUCGAGCGCAACACUACUGUCCCCGACGGUCACUACCUCGGAUUCGACUGCUCUCUC